AGAGAAUGAAAUAAUACCAGAUGGUUAUAACUCACUGGAUCCAUUUCGCAAGAUGUUACUUAUACGUUCGUGGUGCAUGGACCGCACAAUUGCGCAAAGUCGAAAGUAUAUUGCAAAUUCCUUAGGGGAUCGAUUUGCUGAGCCCGUUGUUUUAAAUUUUGAAGAACUUUUGUUAGAGAGCCGUGAGCUAAUUCCUUUGAUCUGUUUUUUGUCUCUUGGUUCGGAUCCAUCCUCAAAUAUUGAAUUGCUUGCUAAAAAAAACGAACUUAAGUGUCACCCAAUUUCAAUGGGACAAGGUCAAGAAAUACAUGCCCGAAAGUUGAUAUCUGCCUGCUUAGAAAGUGGUGGAUGGGUUUUGUUGCAAAACUGUCAUUUGGGCUUAGAGUAUAUGGUAGAGCUAACAUUACAGAUUUUGGAAUUGGAACGCCGUGGCAAAGACGCAAUCAUAAGUCCAACGUUCAGAAUAUGGAUUACCACAGAGCCACAUCCUAAGUUUCCUAUAACUCUACUGCAAAUGUCACUUAAGUAUACCAAUGAGCCUCCGGCCGGGAUACGAGCUGGGCUAAAGCGUACAUAUACCAAUUUAUCACAAGACUUCCUAGACUACUCACAGUCACCCUAUUACUUACCUUUAGUAUAUGCUAUAUCAUUCUUGCAUACAGUUGUACAGGAGCGACGUAAGUUUGGUCCGCUUGGAUGGAACAUACCAUAUGAAUUCAAUUCAUCAGAUUGGUAUGCAAGUUGUUUAUUUGUUCAAAACCACUUGGAUGAUCUAGAGCAAGGAAAAUGUAUCAGUUGGGUAACAGUACGUUACAUGCUCGGCGAAGUGCAGUAUGGUGGUCGAGUCACAGAUGAUUAUGAUAAGCGGUUACUAAACACUUUUGCUCGUGUAUGGUUCCAUGACACAUUAUUUGAUGAAACCUUUAAAUUUUUCAAGGGAUAUAAGGUUUAUAGUUUCAAGGAACAAGAAGUUUAUUUAUUGGCAAUAGACCAAAUGCCAAAUGUAGAUCCACCUCAAGUAUAUGGAUUUCAUUCUAAUGCUGAGAUAACCUAUCAAACAAAUACAAUGCGAAAUAUAUUGGACGAAAUUAUGUCUAUUCAGCCAAAGGAAUCAUCGGCGGGUACUGGAGAAUCGCGUGAGGAACGUGUCGCUCGCCAGGUGCGAGAAAUGUUGGCUAAGACACCAGCUCCAUUUGAUUUGUUUGAUGUGAAGCAGCACCUUAUAGCAAUGGGAGCAACUAAUUCUAUGAAUAUAUUUCUACGACAAGAGAUUGACCGAAUGCAACGCAUAAUUGUACUUGUCCGUACCACAUUUAAGGACCUUUUGUUGGCCGUUGAGGGAACAAUUAUCAUGAGCGAAAAUUUGCGUGACGCUCUGGAUAAUAUUUUUAAUGCAAGAGUACCGACUGUUUUCAAACGUGGCAGCUGGGUAUCAUCUACCUUAGGAUUUUGGUUUACAGAGCUGAUUGAACGAUAUAAUCAAUUUUACAAUUGGUGCUUUGGGUCCCGACCAGUAGUUUUUUGGAUGUCUGGUUUUUUUAAUCCUCAAGGCUUUUUAACAGCCAUGCGUCAAGAAGUGGCUAGAGCGCAUCAGGGCUGGGCUUUAGAUCAGGUCACCAUGCACAAUGACGUCCUUAAAGUUGGAAUGGAGGAAUGCAAAAAACCACCAAAAGAAGGAGUGUUUGUUUAUGGAUUAUUUGUGGAUGGUGCAGGUUGGGAUAAAAGGACCUCACGCCUUGUAGAGGCCACAAAUAAAGUACUUUUUACGCUAAUGCCUGUAGUGCAUAUAUAUGCAAUUUACUCAACCGCAGCCAAAAAUUCAAAAUUAUAUACUUGCCCAGUAUACAAAAAAAUAAACCGCACAGAUCUAAAUUAUAUAUGUCCUCUGUGGCUACAAUCGAAUAAGCCUCCAGACCAUUGGAUUUUAAGGGGUGUUGCUUUACUUUGUGAUGUUAAAUAAAUAUAAGUUACUAUUAAAAUUUUGGUUUUUAAUAAAACUAUUAAACAAAAUAAAUUAAAUUAAA